AUGAGUACAGCUUCAUGGUUUCAAGAGAAUGCUCCCGGGUUGAUUCGCAUGAUAUCCUCUCUGGUCUUCCCUUAUGGUUUGUCUAUGAUUAUCUUGACAGGAGCGGACCUCUGCGCUGGUUCUUUCCUGUACACCACCGUCGCCGCUCUCCACCGCCAACUGUCCUGGUACAAAAUGCUGCUCCACUGGUCCGUGACCUUCUGGGGUAACCUGGCUGGAUCCCUCUUCGUCGUCGCCAUCAUCUUCGGCUACGACAAUGCCUUCGCCGCCGACACCUUCAAAUCCGAAGUAAUCGCCUCUGUCACCGAGAAACAAGUCACCCCGGACUUCCACCACAUCUUCCUCCGCGGCAUUGGCUGCAACUGGCUUGUCCUUCUGGCCUGCUUCCUAGCCAUGCAGGGGAGGGAUCUCGCGGAUCUGGCUGGGUGCGCCGGAGAUCACGGCCGGGCUAUAUAUCUGGAAGGGAUCAUUCCCGCCCUGCUGGGAAAUAUUGUUGGUGCUGGCUUGUUUGCCGGCACGUACUACUGGUACAUGUAUCUCUUGAAUGGAGAGGGGGGUACUCUGAACUGGAUGAGCGAGUCGGGCACGGUGACGCCUUGUUCAGGGGAGUUGGAGGCCGUGCCUGCUGACAAACUGAGAUAA